AAGGGCUGUCAGGCACCAUUACAGACCACCUCAGUCGUACACACAAGGCACAAUGCAGUCUUUGAAGAUCCUGUAUUUUGUUGCUUUCCUGGCAGCAGCAUAUGCUGUCCCAAUAUUGCGGGACAACACUGAAGAAGAGAAUACUGAAUUUGCACAGGAGUACCUUCAAAAAUUAUACAACCUUACCUCUAGCUCUGGACCUAACUUCAGACGACGCAGUAAUGAAUUGACUGAAAAACUCAAAGAGAUGCAGAAAUUCUUUGGCCUCCAAGUGACUGGUACACUGGAUUCUAAUACCCUGGAGGUUAUGAAAAAAUCAAGAUGUGGCGUCCCUGAUGUGGCUCAUUACUCCACAUUUCCUGGUGCUCUAAAAUGGAACAAAAAUAGCCUCACUUACAGAAUUGAAAACUACACACCUGACAUGCCCCAAGCAGAUGUAGACAAAGCAAUAGAGAAAGCUUUUGCGGUUUGGACUAAGGUGACGCCUUUGAAAAUCACCCAAAUCUACAGCGGGACAGCUGAUAUUAUGAUCUUAUUUGUUACUGGAGACCAUGGUGAUAAUUCUCCCUUUGAUGGCCCUGGAGGAUUUCUAGCUCAUGCCUUUGCACCUUCAGAUGGCAUUGGAGGUGACACUCAUUUUGAUGAAGAUGAAACAUUUACAAGUGGAUCAGCAGGAUAUAACUUGUUCCUUGUCGCUGCCCAUGAGUUUGGUCAUGCUCUGGGUCUGGGUCACUCAAACGACCCUGGUGCAUUGAUGUACCCAAUUUACAGCUAUGUCAACCCUGGAACGUUUUCUUUGUCACAGGAUGAUAUUCAAGGGAUCGAGUCACUCUAUGGUUCUAACCCCAAUGUUCCAAACAAUCCAGUGCCUGAUGCCCCAAAAACUCCAAAUGCUUGUGAUCCAAACCUAUCUUUGAAUGCUGUGACCACUUUGCGGGGAGAAAUGAUGCUCUUUAAAGACAGGUUCUUUUGGCGAAAAAGCCCCUUCAUGGCCAAUGUUGAACAGUACACCAUUAAAUCUUUCUGGCCCGAAUUGCCUGAUGACAUUGAUGCAGCAUAUGAAAGCAGAGAGCGUGAUUUAGUCUACCUCUUUAAAGGAAACCAAGUCUGGGCUCUGUUUGGAUAUGACAUCCAACAAGGCUAUCCACAAAGUAUGCAGAAGUUUGGACUUCCAGCAGGGAUCAAUAAGAUUGAUGCUGCACUCUAUAAUGAAAACACUGGGAAGGUUUUAAUCUUUGUUGGAAACAAAUACUACAGUUAUGAUGAGGCCAGACGAAGAAUUGACAAAGGGUAUCCCAAGUCAAUAGAAAGCGGUUUUCCUGGAAUUGGUGGAAAAGUUGAUGCUGCUGUUGAAGAUAACGGCUUAAUGUACUUCUUCAGUGGCUCAAGAAUGUUUGAGUACAACAUGAUGUCCAAGAGAGUUAUUCGUGUUUUGGCUACCAAUUAUUUCUUGGGUUGUUAGAAGAAAAAGAAGCAGCCCUUUUUUAUAGCAUGAUUUCACUUAUUUAAGAUGUACUAAACAUCUUGCACUUUAUACCUGAUUGUAUUUAGUAUUUUAUCAAUUUUAUUUGUUGUGCUUUGUACUGAUAAAUUAUUAUGUGCGAUGUUGUCUUCUUAAGUGGAAAAAAAAUGAAUUAUGAAUAUUUGUAAUUAAUUUAUUGAAAUGUGCACAAAAAACAUAAAAUUCUGUUGAAUCUUUCUUCAGUUUUGUUUUAAAUCUUUUUUCAAAUUUGUUUUCUCUACAUAUCUACAUAUAAAAAUUAUUCUACCUGAACAA